GACCAAUGCUGACGAAUGCGGGAGGCCCGGCAGAACCGUCGGGAAAGUUCGAGAGGGGAAUCUCUGCGCCUGCGCCAACUCCUGACCCGGAAUAGAAGUUCACCAUCCUGUAAGCCGGUGCUCGGCGCAGACAUGGAGGAGCUACAAAAAGAUUUGGAAGAAGUGAAGGAGCUUUUGAAAAUGACAACAAGAAAGAGAGUACAUGACUUUCUGCUGGCAGAAAAAAACAAAAUAGAGAGGGAAAUCAAGAACUGGCAACCACUCAAGCUAAAAGCUGAAGGAUCUGAAGAAGAAAAACCAACAGUCACUGGAUAUACAGUGAAAAUCAACAAUUAUGCAUGGGAUCAGUCUGAUAAAUUUGUGAAAAUCUAUGUCACAUUAAGUGGUGUUCAACAUCUGCCAGCUGAGAAUAUUCAGGUGCACUUUACAGAAAGUUCAUUUCAUCUGCUGGUGAAAAAUUUAAAUAACAAAAAUUAUACAAUGACGUUCAACAACCUUCUGAAACCAAUCUUAGCUAAAAGCAGCUCAUGGAAGAUCAAAACAGAUAUGAUCUUGAUAUUAUGUAAGAAGCAGCAAGAAGAAAAAUGGGAGUGCCUAACGCAGGUUGAAAAAGAGACUAAGGAAAAAGAGAAAGCUUCCUAUGAUACAUCUGACCCCAGUGAAGGACUGAUGAAUCUAUUGAAAAAGAUGUAUGCAGAAGGAGAUGAUGAGAUGAAGAGAACAAUUAACAAAGCAUGGGUGGAGAGCCGAGAAAAACAAUCCAAAGAUGAUUUGCCAUUAGACAUUUAACAAGUGUUGAAGAUUGUGCUUGCUAAUUUAAUGUACAUUUGAUUUAUGGAGGUUUCUGCUGCAAUAUUCUGUUCAGAGAACAUGUGCUUUUUAUAUAACCAUCUUCAAAGCAAAAACUACAAAAUUUAUGUUUCAGAUUGGAGAUGGGAAAUAAAAUAUGCUGUAAAACUU